AUGUACUUUUCUAGUUUGAUUUGGUCUCUUUUUAUUCCAGCUGUAUUUUGUUCACAUUGUUCCGAUUUCAAUAUACGAGGAAUAACUGCACAUAGGUGGGAAGUUAUUCGAGAUGUAUUCUGUGACAAUUUUAUACAAGAAAGAGAUGUAGGUGCAUCAGUUGCCAUUUAUCAUCAAGGUGAAUUGGUUGUUGAUUUGUGGGGUGGAUGGUUUGAUCGAUCGCGAAAUAAAUUUUACGACGAUGAUACACUACAGCUUGUCUUCUCAACGACAAAAGGUCUAGUAGCAGCAGCUGUUGCUCUUUACGUGCAACAAGAAUAUGGACAAAACGGAAAAGAAAAUACUACCAUGGCGGAUAUUCUUUCUCAUCGUGCUGGAUUACCUGACGAUGGAUCCCCCAUUGAACAAUAUUUGAACUGGGCAGCAAUGAUUCAUACAUUAGAACAACAGGCACCGUUAUGGCCUCCAGGAACAGCUCAUCGUUAUCAUCCUUUCACCUAUGAUGAAAUAGCAAAUAAAUUAGGCAUUGAAUUUUAUGUUGGACUACCAUCAAAUCAACAACAUCGUGUAUCAUCACAUGUUCUCGAUUUAAAUGUACAAAUGACAUUGGAUGAGUUAAUCCUGAUACCAUUUCACUUUUUCAACGAACAUCGGGCACAUCGAGCAGAAAUGCCAGCUGUAAAUGGAAUCGCCAAUGCUCGGUCCAUUGCAAGACUCUAUGCAUCACUCAUUGGGGAUACCAAUGACAGAAAAUAUAAACGAUUGAUCGAAAAAAAGUUUAUGGAUCAAGCAACGAAAUCGAAUACACCGCAGCAUGAACUUGAUUACCAUGAGCUUGCCACUCCAUUUGGCAUGGGCUUCAUGCUUUACGAUAAAUUUCUUACAUCGCUUGCUCCAGGAACAUUUGGUCAUUACGGUGCUGGUGGUAGUAUUGGUUUUGCUGCUCCUUCAAAAAAUCUUUCUUUCGCCUAUGUUAUGAAUGAAUUUAAUGCAGAAUCAACAGGUGUUACUGAUCCUCGAAUAGAAACAAUCUUGGAAAAAGUCGCAAAAAUAAUCAAUGAUAGUGAUUAA